GGUGGGGCCCCUAAUCCAAGCCUGUCUUGCCUCUAUAAGAGGAGCCAAGUCCUCCCAGCUUCACAGUCACACAGACACAACAUCCACCUACCGCUUCUCAAAGUCCUAUCAGCCUCCAGCAAGAAAACAUGGGCAGACAAAAGUUCUAUUUGGAAAAACUAUCCCGGUUCUUUCAGAUCCGUAACAAGCUGCUGCGCCAGGCCCUGGCCGAGUGUCUUGGAACCCUCAUCCUUGUGAUGUUCGGCUGUGGUGCUUUGGCCCAGCAGGUGUUGAGCGAUGGUUCCCAUGGCAUGUUCCUCACAGUCAACUUUGCCUUCGGCUUUGCUGCCAUGUUAGGCAUUCUGAUCUGUGGCCAGAUAUCAGGGGGCCAUUUGAAUCCAGCAGUGACCUUUGCCCUGUGCCUGCUCGGAAGAGAGCGCUGGAGAAAGUUCCCCAUGUACUUCCUCUUUCAGACAAUCGGUGCUUACUUUGGUGCUGCUAUCAUAUUCGGCAUGUACUACGAUGCCCUGUGGGACAUUCCUGGAUGUUUUAAUGUGACUGGACCUAAAGCCACUGCUGGUAUUUUUGCUACAUACCCUGGGAAACAUCUCACCCUUGUCAAUGGCUUCUUUGAUCAGAUAAUCGGCACAGCAGCGCUGAUUGUUUGCAUUCUGGCUAUUGUGGAUCCAUACAACAACCCCAUCCCCCAGGGGCUGGAGGCCUUCACUGUGGGAUUUGUGGUUCUGGUCAUUGGAUUGUCCAUGGGCUUCAACUCUGGCUAUGCUGUAAAUCCUGCCAGAGAUCUUGGACCGCGUCUUUUCACCGCUAUGGCUGGCUGGGGAAGUGAGGUUUUCACGGUUAGAAACGGCUGGUUUCUUGUGCCUGUUUUUGCCCCUUUCAUCGGCACCAUUGUUGGAGUGAUAAUCUACCAGACAAUGGUCGGCUUUCAUACGGAGGGAGAAGUUCGUGAUCGGAAAGAGCGGGAAGAGGAGAAUGUCCGACUCACCAAUAUCAACACCAAUGACAAAACAAAAAACACUAGCAAAGAAGUUCUCUGAGCGUUUGAGAGAGCUACACAGCUAACUAUGCGCAUUCUGUAAAUACCAACACACCACAAUCUUUCUUUCUGACCACAAUUGUUCUUUUAAAAACACUCUUAACAGCUGAUUAGGUAUUUCUCAAAUUAGCUGUGUUUGGGCAAACAGGUCAUUCUCUUUUCAUUGUCUUUUUAUUGUAUUAUAUUGCAGAGAACCAUUGUGUGCGAGGGUAGAGGAGAGAAACACAACUUCACAAAUACAGAAUUACAUUAAUUCUUUAAGGAGAUGAACUUUUGAAUCUUAUCGUCUAUAGCUCUCCAGUUUUAACAGUAUUGUAUGCAUUAUAACAAUUUUUUUUUAUAGACAUUUUUCCGUCCAUAACCUUUCAAUGUUAACAUUUGAAUUCAGGGAAGUUGUCAGGAAAUUGGGAAAUAACAUUUUUCAAACUUCAACCUAAAAGUUAAUAGAUGACUCAUAGUCAUUAUUUUUUGGGGAAAAAAGCUAGUGAAAGACUCCCUGUGCUACUUCAAAGUCAUUUUUUUGUUUACAUUUACAUAUGAUAGUCAUAAAACCUUCCCACGAAAUUCUUCACACUAUAGCAGCCUUAUUUAAUUGGCACUCUCUUUUCACUGUAAAAGGCAUAACCAGGAAUUGUUAAACAAGCUUAGACUUAUUGUGAUACAUCAGCUAGAAAACAUUAACUGUUGUAUGGCUUAAAUGUAAUCACAAGAAUCAGUUUAGCUUUCUAAUCUCAUGCUUGAAAAUAUAUGUAUUAACAAAUGACUGUCACUACAUUCUUAUGAAGUUUUUACCUAUUGACAUCUUUCUUCCUUGAUAUUCCUUAAAAUGACUGGGAGCACCUUGGUAGAUUCUAUGUAGGUUAAGGGGAUAUGCCUUUGAACUGAUACAAUAAAGUUAUGUUUUUGAUUGUUGCAUGAA